CGUCCCCCAGGUAUGUACGGUACGGUGUUGACAGCAUGACAGCGGUAUAUCCGAUCUUACCGAAACUGGCGGUGAGGGACAACCUCGACGACGAUGACCUCACCGACAUCGACGACGAGGUGUUCAUCAGGGACGGGAGAAACGGCGGGCUGAAGUUGGACGACGACGGCGGGGUGAAGCAGCCCCUCAUGGCACCGCGUAGAAAGUGCAAAAAGCCCUGCAACCUGGAGACCCACAAGAUCCCGUACAACAUACUCCUCGGCCCGGUGUGCUGCGGUGCCGCAGCGCUGAUCAUACUGUUAGGCUUAAUCGUAAUUUGUAUAUUCACCGUAAAUAUCUUCCCGAUGAUCGACCCGCCGAUAAGUAUAUUUGGAAAGUGGAUGUCGCACAAGGCGAAGGAUCCCAUAAACGAGUCGGAGAUCAUUCCGUGCACCUCGCUCUCGUCCAAAGUUCUGUGGACCGUAUCGUUGCCAAAGUUAACACCCGAGGCGCCUCUUAGGAGCAACGACGUUAACUCCGAUGGAAUUGAAGAUAUUAUCGUGGGAUUUAGCACAGGUCUGGAUAUGAUGGACAUGGAGUAUAUCUGCACUAUAUACUUUGGAAAUCAAACGCCCUGUCUGGGCGGUGUACUAGCGCUGAACGGCAAAACGGGCGAAACCAUCUGGACACAUUGGACCGCCCAUUCGAUACUCUCCGUUAACUGUGACGCUGAUUUGACGAACGACAAGAUCAAGGAUUGCAUUAUAUCUGGACGCGGUGGGAUACUGCAGGCUAUUGACGGCCGCGACGGCUCCAGUGUAUGGAAGAUACCGCUUCAGGAUCUGGCCUCUGAGCUGCAAAUAAUUUCGGACGUCUACGACGCGAGAUUCGUAGCGGAUAUGGACGGCGACGGGGUCGCCGAUGUGAUAGCGUCGCACGUCAUGCAGUCGGACAGCGUUCAAGCGAGCAAUAUACUCGUGAUAUCGGGUAAAAGCGGCAACGUCAUACGCAACAUUAAUUUGCCAGAUACAGAGCAGCUGUUCAUAGCGCCGCAGAUUAUAGUGCAUCCCGACGGAGAGAACAUAUUCGUUCUGGCUACAACCAGUCAGCAAGAUUCCGGAGGACUUUAUAUAGUGUCGCAAGCUGAUAUAUUUUACGGUGAUCUGAAAUUGCGAAAGCUCAAUCAUAACACCGGCAGAAAUGCGCUGUUGCCGCCGAUCCUAAUCGAUAUUACGUCGGACGGGAUUGAAGAUAUUGUCGCCGCGAUGUUCAAUUCGACGAUUGUAGCGUACAAUGGAACCACGUUCGAGCCCAUCUGGAAUUACACAGUUCCCAAUUCCGAGGUAAUUAGCAUUCCCAUUCCCGGUUAUUACAACGACGACGAUAUACCGGACUUCAUGGUGAAGCAUCAGAUAGGCACCGGCUUGUCCACGUACUACUACACCGUGGCCACGGUCAUAGACGGUCGUAACGGGCAGCCUUUGCUCGAGAAACCGAUGGAGGACAGUCUGAGCGGGCAAAUGUCCGGAUUGUCGAUCACCGUCGACGGAUUCGGUAACGAUUGGUUUUUGCACUGGUCCACCGACUGCUUGAAUUACGAGGGGGUCAAGGAGAAAUACCAGUUUCUGAAAGGCCAGAGCUUCAUAUCGCAAACACGCGCCGACCUCUGCUCCCUGAGAUUCAAUUCGACGCUCACCACGAGACUGCUCGCUUUGAGCCAGCACGUCGGUCCGCCCGGGCAGUCGCUGUACUUCUCGGAGCACUGGAAGUCGGUGGAGUUCAAUAAUUCCGUCGACCUGCGAAGGGAAGAGGAGAAGAAUCCGAAUUCCCGAUCAAGGGUCACCGACGCUUACGCGAGCGUACCUCUCGUUUCCGAGAGGUCGCCGAGAGUCCAUAAGAACCAUCGGAAAGACAGCAUCUUCAAGCACAAGGAUAAUAUAUUCGAGAUCAGCAAAUACGACUCGGACGCGGUAUACAAGAACUUCGACGAGUCCAAGAGCCACAAGAAACACAAUCCCGAGGACACCGUAGAGAACGCGUAUUCGGACAUGGAGCUAGCGUGGAAGCCGGAUAACAAAUGGACGGAGGAUGACGCGCAGUCGGAUAAAGAAUACGAUAACGUGUACGAGAGUGAUAACGGUAACAACGAGGACGGGCAGCAGAGUGUAGAUUAUUCGCAGGAUGAAGCGCGAGAGAAGAGGAGCGUCGUCACCGUUGUUAAAGAUCCACAUUCGAUAAAUAUUUCUCACAAAGAAAUUGGCGAUUACUCAACGCCUGAAUCGACACAGCGUAAUUUACGACUGAAUCGUGAGAAAAUCAGCCCAGGAAGAACGAAUGAAAUGAAAGACAUCAACGACAAGAAGAAUGACUCGGUGAACGAAGUUGAUGCGACGAAUAUAUCAAUGACGCCAAUUCCCAAUUCUCACGAAAAGUUAUCUACGUCGAGCGACAAAUCAAAUAUUGAGAGGACUACUACAAUAUGGAGUGCAUUAAAUACGGGCGAAUUAAUAGAAAGAAAGAGCACAAAUACGAGCACGGAAUUGCCGGAUGUCGCGCUUACUGAAGCAGCAAAAGUUACUAAAAAUCAAAUAAUCACCGGCCGUCAAAGGGCAACUUUCGCUAUUAAAAAAAUCGUAGACGUGACACAGCGAAGACAAAUUUAUAAGCAUAGCUUCCCCAGCAUUGUCCAGGACGCGGACGAUGACGCUAGUAUAGAAAAAAUAUUUAAACGGGAGUCGCUGAAAAAUCAAAGUAAAGGCAAGAUUAACAAGAAGCAGUUGUCGAUGGCCGAUAAAGUUGUUAAAAUACGGCAGAAGCGAAGAACGAAACGAAACUCCGGAACCGACGGCAGUCGGCCGAGCGGUGCCAGUCGUAUUCAGAAGCAGGCGCCAACCGGUAUUCUACUGCCGUCUAUCGUCGAAUCCAAGGGGAAGACGUCGGUAGAUUUGGUGUUCUCCACGUUCUGGCUACCGUCGUCCGACGUGUCUCUGAUCCUGUCUCAGGCGGACGUGGAGUGCAUCGAUAAGAAGAAGGCGCUGCUGGACAGCAAACUUGAGUACAAGAAAGACGACGACAUCAUCGGCGAAUGUUUGUCCGAGCGCGGCAUUAAUUACAGAUUGUAUCAAGAGGCGAUGGAUAGGGAAAAUACCAAGGUCGCGCUUGGUCAAAUGACAAUAUAUAGGAUGAAGCUAGAAUGCGUGUGCCCGGAGGAUAUGUUACCCAAUCAAACGUGCAGAAAUAUUUCAACGCAUCAGAGCUGGCCGCAGUAUCUGGGCUCUUCUGGAAACGGCUACUUCAAGCCAUUGCGUAAAUUAAAUAUUUGAAGAAAUUACAAGGUACUACUACUUUUUUUUGCCGAACUGUACGAGUUAUUGAGGAAACUUUUAUUGCAACGCCCUCUGACGUUCAUUUCGACCAAUGCAAUGAUUAACUUUAAUCUCGGUUUAACUUUGUUUCUAUACCCUUCUAGUUCGAAAAUUUACGAAAAAUUUACGAAAAAAGUUACGAAAAAUUAGAAAAAGAUAGAGAAUGAGUUGAACUGAGAUUAAAGUUAAUCUACAAUGGUAGAAAUGGGCCUGAUGGAGAGUCGUUAACGAUUAACGGAAUCAAUGAAUUAUCGAAUAGUCUCGUGCGCUAUUUGUAAAAGUAUACAUUGUAAAAGUAACAAUCGUAAUUCUAAUCAAUUGUUACAUAAGUGAUUUAUAUUAAUAUUUGUAUGCAAUUUUCUUCGCGAAAUAGAAGAGAUGCAGAUAUCCGCGUAUUUGUACAUAUAAGAAUAUUGUUGCGCUCUCGCAAUUAAAAUUUUUAUCGUUUAAUUUUGAAAAGAAUUGCUAUAAUUACAUGUCUGUUAAUCACUUACUGAUAAUUGAAAGUUUUUUCUCAGAACGCAGUUACGAAUAAAGAGAUAACUAAGUGGCUACGAUCCACUUGAUGCUACAAAUACUUUCGAAGCAUUCUUUGAUUAGUUAAAUAGUAAAUAAUUAUGUAUCAGAAUCGAUCGUGGAGUGUUUCAAACAAUUAAGAUGAGCAAAUGCUAAAAUGGUAUAAAGCGAAUAUUGGUGAUUAAUAAUAAUAUUUUUAUAUGUGAAUCUUACGAUUGCUCAGUUUAAGCAAACUGCGCGCCGCGUAAUCGUCGGUCUGGCUUAGGUAAUAUUUUUCGCAAUAAGUUAUUUUUACAGGGUUUAAAAAAGAUGCUCAAAAGCAUCGAAUUAUCAUUAUUAGAUUGCUUUGGCAAUUGUGAUAUUACGAUUGUACUAUUUAGAUUGGAGCUGUGUUUUAAAGACCGACAAUUAUGCGAUGCACAGUUUGCUUGAACUGAGCAUUGUAAGAUUACGUAUAAAAUAUUAUUAUUAUUAAACACCAAAAUCCAUUUUGUGUUGUCGUUUGCUUAUCUUAACUGUUUUAAUUAAAAAGUCUUUUGACUGAUCAAUCAAAUAUAUGCUUUUAAGCAUUUGUAGCGUUAAAUGAAUUGCAUCCUGUACGUGCCAAAGGAGAUUUCGAUAACUUCUUUUUAUGUACAAAUAUAUAUUCUAAAAUCUAUCAUGACUUAUACGAUUGCAUAGAAAUUAAUAUAAUUAAUGUUGAAAGUAUACGUUAUAUCAGUAAUAAUUUAUAAUAUAAUAUCUAUAUGAAUUGAAAUAUUAAUCAUAUAUAUAUAUAUAAUAUGUUACUACAUAUUGAUAAUCAAAGUUUACAUAACUGUAUAGUCCGAUGUGUGUGUUGAUUGUAUCAGCAGAUACAAAUAAUCUAUAUAUCUAACAAAAAAAUAUAAGCCCCAUAUUCAGAACGCGCUUAUAAUGUUAGCGCGCUAACAAGUUUUGAAAAAAUUUAACGGAAACUAUAUAUGCUAAAUGCGCUAAUAUCGUUGUAAGUGCGUUUUGAACACGGGCCAUAUUCUGGUGCUAUCGAUUUAUAUGCAUUCUUACGUGCAUUUCCUAUAAUUUAAAAGGAAAAGAAAUCAAUGAUUUUAUUAAAUAAAGUUUCCGAAUAAUAUUGUCUGCUGUCUGCUUAAUGAAGAUUCAUUAAUUACGUUUGCAGGAUAACUUAUAUAAACAUUUAACCACUGUUGAGUGUAACACAAGUAUUCGAAGAAUAUAAAAUAUACAUUAUUGAUCAA